AUGAAUCCCGGGUUCAACUUUUACUUUCAGAAUGGAAUCAACACCAAUCCUGGUUACAGGACUGACCCCAAUCCUGGUUACUGGAUUGACCCCAAUCAUGGUUACUGGACUGACCCCAAUCCUGGUUACUGGACUGACCCCAAUCCUGGUUACAGGACUGACCCCAAUCCUAGCUACGGGGCUGACCCCAAUCCUGGUUACUGGACUGACCCCGAUGCUGGUUACUGGACUGACCCCAAUCCUGGUUACUGGACUGACCCCAAUCCUGGUUACAGGACUGAUCCCAAUGCUGGUUACUGGACUGACCCCAAUCCUGGUUACUGGACUGACCCCAAUGCUGGUUACUGGACUGACCCCAAUGCUGGUUACUGGACUGACCCUGGUUACUGGACUGACCCUGGUUACUGGACUGACACCAAUCCUGGUUACUGGACUGACCCCAAUCCUGGUUACAGGACUGACCCCAAUCCUGGUUACUUGACUGACCCCAAUCCUGGUUACUUGACUGACCCCAAUCCUGGUUACUUGACUGACCCCAAUCCUGGUUACUUGACUGACCCCAAUCCUGGUUACUGUACUGACCCCAACCCUGGUUACUGA